CGUGUACGGGGGGGACCACCAUCCAAAGGGGACCGCCGCCGCCGGCAGAAGCAUUCCAGACAUACAUACAUGUAAAAGCUUAAUUAGCUGAGUUGGAACCAAAGCGCGAUCAGAAGAAAUGGGACUUGAGGUGCUACGGCUGGAUGACCAUCCCUCCUCGGCGUCUGAUGCCGCUGGCGCUGUCGGGAUCUGUUGUUAUCCCGAUGAGAGUCAGCGCACGGUGGGAGAGGGGGCGGGGGGGGAAACGAGGUUGGCGGCGACUGCGGAAGCGUCAGGGCGGCGUCAGCAGAAUGGGGGGAACCCUCCGAUGGGUGAAGAGAAGAGAGGGAAGAAGGGGAGAGGAGGGAGAGAACGGCGUGGCCGGGGAGAGGAGGAGGAGGUGGGAUGUGAGCACGUGGAGGCGGUGAUUUUGAAAAAGCUGGAGGGUAGGUUAACGAGGAAAACAAGCCUGCAGAAAUGCGAAGAGUGCACGCUGGAGCAAAGAGCCGUGAAGGGGAAAGGGGGGGUGGGGGGGAAAGGAGGCGGUAAGGAGGGCGGCGGUAAAAGGGGACGUGGCGGGGGGAAAGUGGCAGUGGCGGCGGCAGCAAGCGGGAAAGAGCCCACACGCUGUCCUGGGGUGUCGAGGGAGAGAGGAGAGGUUUGGGUCUGUUUGCUUUGCGCUAAUGUGGGCUGCGGGAGUUCGUCCUUGGAGGCUGGGGUUGAUGGAGAAAGGAGAGGAGGGGAGGGUGGCGGCGGCGGCGGGGGUUUCAGGCACGCGAAGGGGCAUGCCGACCAGCUUGACCAUUGGGUGUUUAUGCGGCCCAGCGACACGGCGUGUUGGUGUGUGAAGUGCGACGCGUUCGUCGCACAAGCACGAUGGUGGGAACACGAACAGGACGACGGGGUACAUGAUGAUGAUGAUGAUGAGGAGGAGGAGGAGCAGGUGGCGGCAGAACAGAGAGCGGCAGCGGACGGCGCCAAACGAAGGUUUGAAUUGCUGCGAACGGCGCGGAGAUUGAUCCUUAAACGCCAGGCCGAAACGUGGGAGGAGGGAGCCUCGGGCAAGCUGGAAAAUGGCGGCGGCGGCGGCGGGGGCGGGGGCGUCAAGAGUAGCGGUGGGAAGUCGUCUGCUGUGUCUUCGAAAGCUGCGGGAAAAAAGAGAGAUGGGUCUGUGUGGAGUGGUUAUGAGGACUCGACAGCUUCAACGAAUGGGAAAGAAGCAGCGCAUGAAGUGGCGGGAACCGCCCCGGCGGCGGCGGGAGCGGGAACACUAGCUCACGGCGCCUCGAAAGAGGCGGGAAAAAGUGAAAUUGGCGGAAACGUGCGGUCCUUGACCGGUUUGGUCAAUCUUGGGAACACGUGUUUUUUCAACUCCGUGAUGCAAAACCUAGCCGUGACGGCGCCGCUGAGGGCGCAUUUUCUGUCCAAGGAGGAGAAGGAAAACGAGGGAGAAGAGGGGAGAGGGAGAGGGUAUGAAGGCGUGUUGACUUCCUCCCUUCGAAAGUUUUUCGAAGGCAUCGAGGAGAGGGAAAGGGGCGGGGGGGGGGGACCACCACCGCUGCCAGCAGCAGCAGCGGCCAAAAGAAAACCGGGCGGGAAAGGUGGUGGUGGAGGAAGGGGAAAGAGUCAUGGCGGCAGUAGCAGUGCUUACGACCCCAAGGCUCUGUUUGGUGCUAUUUGCUCAAAGGCCCCAAGAUUUAAGGGUUUUCAGGAGCAGGACAGCCACGAAUUACUUAAUUAUUUCCUUGCUGGCCUUCAAGGAGAAGAGGCGAAGAGAGAAGCAGGAGGGGGAGGGGGUGGGGGGGGGGAAGGAAAGAACGGGAAGCAUCUGCACGGCAAUUGCGUUGGAUCCGCAGCGAGGAAGGACGAGAAGAAGGAUCAGAAGACUCUGGUGCAGAGAGUGUUUGAGGGGCAACUCACUAGCUCCAUCGUGUGCACCAUGUGCGGGCACGAAUCUGUGGUCCAGGAGCCAUUUCUGGACCUCUCUCUGCCCAUUCCCUCGGCAAUGAGUCAAGGUGGGGGGGGCAGUCGCUCUCGAGCUGGUUCUGCUGCUGCAAAGGGCCUUAAUACGGCGAUGAAUGGGGGGACGAACGUGGUCAAUGUCGGCGUCACGAAGCGCGCCAAGGCGAAAGCUCAGAAGGAGGCGGCAAGGAAACUUAAGGCCGCCGCGAAACGGAGUGCAGCAGCGGAGGGUCGGAGCAAACUUGCCGCCGCCGCCGCCGCCGCCGCCGCCGCCGCCGCGCCUGCUGCCGCUGACGUCAGUGAAUCUGGACCGCCUGUUCCCGCCGACAGUCGGAAUGGCGGCGCAGAAGAUGUCAACGGUCAGAAGGAUGGUGUUUCACAAGGAUCCAAUGCCACCCCCCCGAGCACCGAAGGAUCUGUCGAGGGCCCGGAGGAGGAGGAGGCGGGCAAUGGAGGCAAAGAGCAAUCGAAGUCCGCCCACGAGUCUGUCGCUGAUCGCGCCUCUGGAGAGCCCGAGCAGGCGCCGCUUUGGAAGGACCAGGAUCACUGCCUGCUGUGCCAGGUGCAAACAGGGGAGGACGUGUUCGUUGAGGACAAACUACCAAUUACUCAUAAUCGGGAAUUGAGCGGUGAUGAGGGGGGCUUGAACAGCGUGGUGCCUAGGUUGGCAGCUGCACAAGGCCGAUCUGUGGGAGAAGGGAAAGGCAGUGCAUCGAUUGAAAAUGCAGAGGUGGAUGGUAUUGCGACUUGGCCUGGGACUACUACGUCGGGAGAACGGGAUCUAGAAGAAAGGGGGGUUGAAGAAGAAGAGGGUCGGAAAGACGCUGGGGAGCGGGGGGUGGAUACAAGGGUGUUGCUGAAGGAGAAGGAGGAGGCGAAGACGAACGGUGCUCUCAAGGCGAGGAAGAAUGUUGGGGGAUCUGACGGCGGGAAAGGUGAAUCAGUGAAGGAUAAAGACGUCGGUGGGAGGAAGGAGGAGGAGGACGAGGAGGAGGAGGAUAUGGCGGAGAAGCAGGAGGAGGAAGAAGAAGAAGAGGAAGAGGAAGACGAAGAGGGAGAGGAAGAAGAAGACGAGGAGGAGAAAGAAGAUAAGGAUGCUCCAGACCCGUUGUCCAUUGAGGGUUGUCUUUAUAUGUUCUCUCGGACCGAAAUUUUGGCGGGUGACAAUGUUGUAGAGUGUAUAGAAUGUACGCGGCGUGCGAGGAUUGCAAGGAUUGCAAGGCAGAAGGCAAGGAAUAGCGUGUCGGCGGCUAUGUCGUCGAACAGCUCUGUAGGAUCGAAGAGGUCCAAGCCGAUGGUUGUACCCAAGAAGGCAUCGUCAUCAGGCAAUGGCUCCGUCGCGGAAGCGAUGGAUGAAGAAGAGAGUAGUGCUCGGGGGAGGGGCGUUAGAGACGGACUCGAGUCCGUGAAAGCAACGACGUUGGCGUCUUCUGAGCGGGGGGCGAAGCGAGCACCAGCAGCAGCAAGCGGAGCGUCUGGUACAGGAAGAGCUGGUGCUAAGGUAGUCAUGGAGAAUGGUGACAGGGUGGGUGAGGAAGAGGGGAUGGAGGAGGAUGAGGAUGAGGAGGAGGAGGAGGCGGCUCAGGCAUGCAAGUCGGGAUCCAUGUCCAGAUCCGGUGAUGCGCGUGAUGAAGUCUCGACCUCGACGUUGCGGCGCAGCAAUGAAGCUGUUGGAACCGAAGAUUCACAGAGAGUUCGACGAAUUGUCGAUGGGAGGGGGAUGGCAAAUGGAGGGGGGGGGGUGCGGACGCGGACGAGCGAUGGAGAUGAUGAGAUUGGGCGCCCCGAAUGCCGACAGGAGAGUUCAAGCUUGUGUUCUGCUGAAGAAGCGACUGGAAACGGUGUUGUUGAGGAGGAGGAUGGCGGUCUCGACAGCCGCCGUCAUUAUGAAACGGCGGCUAACGGUGGCACCGUUGACAGCCGCCUCCGUCAUCAUGAAACGGUGGCAAACGGUGCCAGAUCGACAUGCCAACGAGACGCAUGUAGCUCAUUCAGCAACAGUGUUGAAGAAGGAGGGGAGAGAAGAAAUGCCCAUGAUGUAGGAGGAGGAGGAGGAGGAGGAGGAGGAGAGAUUGAUCACGGCAGGGGAAAUGAUGCCCUGUGUAAGGAGAUGGCUUGUUUAGACUUGAAUGGAACUGAGUCGGGUGUUGAAGACGAAGGGGCAAGGAGGAGGAGGGGUGGUGGUGGAGAUGGAUGUGAAGUAGGACCGAGGCGGAGCCAACGGAUUGCCUCUGCUGCUGUGUUCACUGAGAAGCAGAAGACGAAAGGAGGUACUGCUAUGGAGGAGCGUGCACCGCAAGAAGGAGGAAGCACAAAGUCGGACUCUGAUCGGAUGACAGGCAGUAGCAGCAGCGCGUGUCGAGAUCCCAUUGGCGGCGGAGCAGAUGCUAAAGUGGGAGUGGGAGGGAGAGGAGAAUCUUCUGAGGCUAAGGUGAAGAAAGGUUCCGACCAGCAUGGCACCAAUCGGUUAACCCCCGUGACGGUGAAAGGAGGAGGAGGACGUGGACAGAACACGAAGAGUGCGCCAUCGUCAGAGGCAAGAGGGCAAAAGAAGGAAAAGAAGGAAAAAGAGGAGGAGGAGGAGGAGGAUUUGGCUAUUGUUGUCAAGCAAAAAGCCAAGAAGAGGUUUCUAAUUAGCAGCACUCCACCCAUUCUGGUCGUCCAUUUAAAACGCUUCAGGCAAGAUGCCAACGGUCGACUUCACAAGCUCAACGGUCAUAUUGCCUUCGACGAGACUCUCAACCUGAAGCCCUAUCUUCAUAAAAGAAGCAACGAGCAACCAGCUUUCUACAGGCUGACGGGGGUGGUUGAACACAGUGGCACUAUGAAAGGUGGUCAUUAUGUUGCGUAUGUGAGUGGUGGUAUGCCAGCGAUUCGCAUGUUCGGAAAACUACCCUCAGCCAGGUAUUGCGAAGUGAAUCGUACUUGCUUUUCUACGAACGAGUGCCUGCAUGAGGGCGGUGCUGUCUGCGGAUCGUGCUCUGCGAAAUGUAAUGCAUUGGCGGCGGAGGCAGUUUUGUCAGUUUAUGCUGCGGAAUUUUUGGCAAAGGACGUGAAACGAAGGCUCUCUGCUGCUAUCAGGGGGGUGACUCUGUCAUCUGCAACACCGCAGCCAGGAGGUUUAUCAAGUUGCAGCCGUCUGUUUUUCACGAGCGGUACACUGUUUGAUGACAUCGGCGUGUACACCCUAACCUAGCUUGAUCUGCCUGCCCUAUGGUAGUAAUGUACUUGAAGUCUUGAACUCAUGAGGUUCUAUUUCGGAGAAGAAUGCUGGACUGUGGCCAGAGAUCUGUCCACUGGUCUCUCAGUAGAGGGGUGGGUCUGCAGCAGCAGCAGGCAGGCAGAGUCCAGUUGGAUCAAGUCUUUCUGUUGUCGGGAAUGUGUAUUGCUCCUAUGUGAGGUCUUGCUGCUUCUGGAAAGAGCCAGAACAAGCCUUGUCUGGGAACUGGAUUGAUUGAUUUUUUUUUUAUUUUUUUUUUUUUGGUUUGAAGUCGUGCCUUUAAUAGGUCAUGACAGGAUUGCUUUAUGAGGACAAAGUGAUGUCUACGGGGUGUAGGUUUGCUGGCUGAACUGUAAUUGACCCUGGCGUAUUUUGGCCUUUUUGGGAAGGCUGAAACGCCAACCGUGCGUUGAGAGUAGGGAAAUGGAAAAUGAGUGAAACUGCAACUUGGGGGUGUGCAUGUUUCGGCAGACUUGAGGGCAGUCGUCACACGAGCACUUUCAUUAAAUAAAUUUAUCUUGACCGCAAAUACGGCCAAACAUGGAUGAAUCUAUAACGGCAAUCAUGUCCAGAGCAUCGUAGAAAAGGUCCUGGUGUGAGUAUGCUCUGAGCACCUUGCUCAGUGGCAUCUAGCCUCGGUGGGCUGUCUUCUCUCUUCUUAGUUUGUAUGCCUGGUUUCGGAGGAGAAACGAGUGCCCGAGCCUCGAGGAGAGAGUGACGUACCUCUAGCCUGCGAGUGGUAGCCGGUUGUCACACACGUCGGCAGUGUCGUAUUUGCCUCGAUGAACAUGAUGUGGUAUUCUCCAACUCUGCCGUGCAAGCUUGACCGUGUGCUGUACUGCUGCUUGUCGGUUGAAGCGUGUGGAGCUGCUGCUGCUGCCAACACUGACGUGGGUUAUUGGACUGGAACGGUCACUGUCGUUGUCGAGUUGUAUGCCCCUCUGAAGUCACAUGGCAUCGGUUCAUCGGACCGGGAAGGCAGGCAGCUGUGUGCUCUCAGACGCUCUUGAAUCGCAACGGAGAGCUCAACUUGUCGUCACAAAGAGGUUGCGGUGCAAUGUGGGCAAAAGACAGGGGAGGAGGAGAAUGUGCUGUUACAACGGAGAGCUCAACUUGUCCUCACAGAGGUUGCGAUGCAAUGUGGACAAAAACAGGGGAGGAGGAGAAUGUGCUGUUAGCAGAGCGUAGGGAGGGCAAGGCUUCCAAGUCUUCGGAAAUGUAAUUAGAAAGCUGAGAGUUAAACGAGACGGCUGAUGGGGGCGGUGUCCUCGGGUCGUCAUGGGAGCUGAUGCAAGGAGAGGGGGGGGGGGGGGGGGGGGGGGUUGCUGCUGCUGACUGUGAAUUCGUACAACCUUAGCCAUGGUGGGCGGGAGAAUUUCCUGUUAGGCGACCUGAGAGGGUGAUUGGUUCCAGAUCUUCGCUGCAUGUCAAGGUACGAAGUGGAGAGUUGAAAGACGGCUGGUGGGUGUGGAGUCCUUGCGUCGUCCUGGGAGCAACGGAAAAAUCAUGCUGCUUUAUGAGCAAUGGAAGAUCGUGCUGCCUUAUGAGCAAUGGAAAAUCGCGCUGCUUUACUGCUUUUGAAUUCUUGACAGACAUAACCAUAGCCUUGGGACAUGGAGAAGAGGGAUCAGGAAUCGGUGACGCUACCAUCUUCACCCGAAUAGAAUGCCCGGUCAUUAGAUAGCCCUAUUGGGAGCAGCAUUCAGUCUAGAUUCAGCCAUAAUGACCGGGUGUGAUAUUCGGGUGAAGACAGUAGCUGAUUGAUGAAGAUAAGUGCUCAGAGGUACUUAACUAAUUUUGAAGCAGUUCACUUCCAAGGGAGGGAGAUGUUAUGCAAUUGUAGCGG